AUGCACGUCGUGCAGUCUCCUUGUCUCAAAACCCUGUCUCUCUCCUGGAUCAAGAACAUGCCUUUGUUGGUUUUCAUAUCUCUAUCCCCGGAUAUCACGGUGGUGAAGCUCGACGGUGUCAAGGUGAAAAUACAGCAGGAUUCCGACAGUACUCCAAGACUAGUAGCCCCGUCGCAGACUAAGAGGCGACUCCCGCAAAUCAAGAAUUUACAUUACUACGAUCACGACACGGGUGGAAUUCUCGCAUUCCGCUCGUUCAUCUUCGACUUUGAGCAGCUUCAGUUCCUCCAAAUCAGCUGGGGAAACGUGCCCCAAUGUGCGUUGGGCAGAAAACUUAUCAAGGCGGCAAACAAACUCGAAGGUCUAGCGUGCGCAGUCGACUCUCCAGUAAAGUCAGCCGCAGGACUCGCGAAAGCGAUACUGGACAACAGUUCAGAUGUUAGCCUUACAGCACUGACCAUCGGCCUCUCGCACAAAACCACCUCACCAACGAUCCCAGACCCCGACGAGUACGACCCGUUCUUAGGGCUCAUCGAAGAACUUGUGCUCCUCGCAGGCAAGAACACUGUGAAAGACCUCAUGGUCCACUUCGACACUACAAAGGACACCCACGACGAGCUCACGGGCUGCCUGAGCCGGUUCGACGAGGUCAUCACUCGCGAGGCCUUCCCGCGCCUUGAACGCUUUGAUCUCGAAUUCUGGGUUCAUUACUCGUGGCCGUAUUACGCGCCAUACGGAUCGGGGUUAGAAGAGUGCUGGGCAGAGUGUAACGGCUUUCAGUGCCGUGGAGUGUCUACGAUACCAGGGCUGAGAUUUGACUGUCCGUUGGUUAUUAUAGAUGGUUAG